CCCGAAUCAAAAUAACCCACAAAUUGUUUCUUUUCGAAAUUUCCAUCCUCUCUUUUCUUUAUUAUAAAAUGUACUUGUUCCCCUGUUCAGACCUCUGCUCCACUCUUUUUCGGGUUGCGGUUUUCGAUAUGGUGGUACACUCUUUCCCUCGGUCCAGAAAAAAACUAAACUAAUAAUUAACCAUUUCUCCAUUUACAGGGGAGAGCAGAGCACCCCAUUAACAUUCCAAGCAGCUUUCCUUUCUGCAUCCCCUUCAAAACAAGCUAAAAAACAGAGCAUAAACAAAACAGAGUGAGAGAGAGUGAACUGCAAGUUGGGAAACAGAAGACAAUGACUUCUGUUGCUUCUUCAGCAAUUUUCCUCUUCUUCUGCUUCUUCUCCACUCUGGUUUUCAUACAGGGAGUAGUACUUCAGGGCGCUACUACCAGCACCGAGGAGCUGAGUUCUCUCCUGGAAGUAAAAUCAGCUUUGGACCCUGAAGGAAAGUACCUUUCUUCAUGGACCGUCAAUGGCGACCCUUGCGGCGGCUCGUUCGAAGGAGUGGGUUGCAAUGAGAAAGGUCAGGUUGCUAACAUUUCGCUGCAGGGGAAAGGGCUUCAUGGGAAGGUAUCCCCUGCCAUUUCUGGGUUGAAGAACUUGACUGGUCUCUACUUGCAUUACAACUCUCUGUACGGCGAAAUCCCCUCUGAGAUUGGGAACUUGACCGAGCUCGUUGACUUGUACUUGAACGUCAACAACCUCUCCGGCGAAAUCCCUCCCCAGAUUGGCAACUUGGCUAAACUCCAAGUGUUGCAGCUCUGUUACAACCAGUUUAAUGGAAGCGUACCAAUCCAGCUAGGCUCAUUAAACAAGCUAACAGUUCUCGCCCUUCAAUCAAAUCGAUUUAAUGGCGCAAUCCCUGCUAGCCUAGGCAAUCUAGGGAUGCUAACGCGCCUAGAUUUGAGCUUCAACCGUUUCUUCGGCUCAAUCCCAACGAAACUCGCCGAUGCUCCCGUUCUGCAACUUCUAGACAUCCGCAACAACACUUUCUCCGGCAAUGUCCCUCUCGCUCUCAAGAGGCUGAACGAGGGUUUCGUGUUCACAAACAACCCGGGACUAUGCGGGUCGGGUUUCAUGUCGCUAAGACCUUGCAAUGCCUCAGAAGGAACCAACCCAAACAGGCCAGAAGCUUUUGGACCUGGAGAUGGGAUUCCAAAUACAAGGGAAAUCCCACAAACAGCUGAUUUGAGACUCCCCUGCAGCGAGAAUCAAACUCACUGCUCUUCAAAUCCAGCAACUCACCACCAUCAAGCAGCCUCAUUCAUCGUGGGCUCAAUUGUCCUCACCAUAGCUUUGCUAGCCAUUUCAGCACUCUCAUUCAUUCAUUACCGCCGCCGCAAGCAGAAGCUCUCUGGCACAUUGGAUCCCUCUACUGAUCAACAAGCAAAGGGUGUUGGGAUCUACAGGAAAAAUGGCUCCCCACUAAUCAGCCUGGAGUAUCCCAACGGUUGGGAUCCUUUGGCUGAUGGGAAGAACUGUGGGAAUGCCACCCAACAAGAUGUUCUUGAGAGCUUCAAGUUCAACUUGGAGGAAGUGGAGACUGCAACGCAGUACUUCUCCGAGAUGAACUUGCUUGGGAAGUCGAAGUUUACCGCGACGUACAGAGGGAUUCUGCGAGAUGGGUCCGGUGUGGCGAUCAAGAGCAUCAGCAAGAGCAGCUGUAAGUCGGAUGAGGCAGAGUUCUUGAGAGGGUUGAAUGCAUUGACUUCGCUGAGGCAUGACAAUUUGGUGAGGUUUAGAGGGUUUUGCUGCUCGAGAGGGCGCGGGGAGUGCUUCUUGAUCUAUGAUUAUGUUCCUAAUGGCAACUUGUUGAGCUAUCUGGAUGUUGAGGAAGGUGGCAGCCGUGUUCUUGAAUGGUCCACUAGAGUCUCCAUUGUUAAGGGCAUCGCCAAAGGCAUAGCUUACUUGCACGGCUACAAGGCCAACAAACCGUCGAUGAUCCACCAGAACAUCACGGCCGAGAAGGUGCUAAUCGACCAGAGGUUCAACCCGGUGCUAGCCGAUUCAGGCCUGCAGAACCUGCUCACCAACGACACGGUCUUCUCGGCACUGAAAGCUAGUGCGGCAAUGGGUUACAUGGCUCCAGAGUACUCGACCACUGGCCGGUUCACGGACAAGAGCGACGUGUACGCUUAUGGGGUGAUUGUGUUCCAAAUCCUCUCCGGGAAGGGAAAUGUUUCGAAUCUGGUCCGAUUGGGAGUUGAGGCAUGUAGGUUCCAGGACUACAUUGACCCAAAUGUCCAUGGAAGGUUCUUUGAAUAUGAAGCCGCCAAGCUUGCUAGGGUUGCUUGGCUUUGUACCCAUGAGUCUCCUAUUGAGAGGCCCUCCAUGGAUGUUGUUGUUCAGGAAUUAGGUAACUUCAGUAGCUGCAUCUAAGUUCAGGUGGCUUGUAGGGUUGUUUCUUUUCUUUCUAACUAAAGGGGAUGAAAGUAAGAUCUUGUCAAUCUCAUAUUUCAAAUUGUACGAAAGGCUAGUUUCUUCUAGCCCUGAAGGAGAUGGUGGCAGGUUUAGGGAAUUAGCAGCAAGGGUAAUUAGCAUCAUGAGUAGAAUAUGAAGGUUACCCACUUACCCUAAUGACCAUGGUGAAAAGUUUGUAACUUUGGCAUCUGUAGUUAGUUUCAUCCCCAGUUGAUCUGUAGUUUUUUCAAAUUGUAGUUUCGUAGUUAGAUUAUUUGGUGACAUGUGUUGCUUGUUGGUCUAAUGCUUGUGGGUUUCUGUAUUUGAUUGUCGGAAUCAGUCAAAUGAUUGUGAAAUUUCGAGGGAGUUCAGCAUAUGAUGAACUUAGGGGUAUCA